GACGUUGAUGCCCUUAUCCAUUUCUUUUGGCACAACACAACAAUCCUCAAAUAUUGAGAUUGAGAAACGAGAAGAGAGUAAAACCCAAAUGCUCUGAAAACUGAAUGAAUGUAAUGGCGCUACUACGUCUUCCGUGCUUAACACCAACACAAACACAAACUCAGUUAUACACAAAACAAUACCUUAUUCACUUUCAGAACAAACCUUAUUCCACCAAUCCCAAUCUCUUCUUUUCUAAAUCACAAUCUUCAUUUCAAUUUCCAACUCUAUCCCUUAUCAGAACCAAACAACACGCUAAUUCUACUUCCGAACAAGUAACCGUUGAAGAAAAAGAAGACACUGAAGAAUUGUCUCGUACUAGGUUGCUCGCUCAGAAUGUUCCAUGGACAAGUACCGCCGAAGAUAUUCGUUCUUUGUUUGAACAACAUGGAAAAGUCCUCGACGUUGAGCUUUCAAGGUAUAAUAAGAACAGAAACAGGGGUUUGGCGUUUGUGGAAAUGAGUUCCCCUGAAGAAGCUCUUGCUGCUUUCAAUAGUCUCGAAUCGUAUGAGUUUGAGGGUCGCGUAAUACAUCUCAAAUAUGCUUGGCCUAAAAAGGAGAAAACGCCGCCCCCGGUGAAACAAAACCCAAUAACAUUUAACUUGUUUGUUGCAAACUUGUCCUAUGAAGCAAGGUCUAAAGAUCUCAGGGAGUUUUUUGAUUCUGGAUCUGGUAGAGUUGUUUCUGCAGAGGUUAUAUUUAAUGAGAAUCCUAGAAGGCCCUCUGGUUAUGGAUUUGUUUCAUUCAAGUCUAAGAAAGAAGCUACUGAAGCUCUUUCUGCGUUUGAAGGAAAGAAUUUUAUGGGAAGGCCAAUCAGGGUGAAACCUAGUAAGCGAUUUGUUCAACCGGCAGAGGAGAGUGCGGUAUCUGAAGAAGAUACAUCUUCUGAAUUAAGCGUGAAUGAGGCGGAACCUGACAAAGCUGGUGGUUUGCACCUUUGUGAACCAGAGGCUGAACAAAUAAAAGAAAAGGAUAGGUGUAAGCACAAUCAUUUCUGUGACUCAAAAAAUGACUAAUCUUGGUAUAUGGAUUGAUGAUAUCCUCAUGAAAUCUUGAUAUCUUCAUCGCAUCAUUUAAAAUUGUUAUAGCAUGGUAAUGUAUCUUAAUACAGCAAUAAACAUAUCUAUCUUAGUGGUAUUUGCAUCUUCAUUAAUUACAUAUAUCAAGUUACAUUGUGGUAUGACAA